GACAGCCGCGAAACAGUUGUUGCAGAGUCUCAGAGAUUUGGCAGCGUUCAUGGUAUUCUGUUCCAUGGUAUUCUAUGCUUACAUUGCGAAUUACAAACAGUUUUUUAGUGCACAUAAUACAGCGUGCCCAGCUGCGCCUAAAGAAGAAGAGAUCGAAGCUGCACGAGCGCAGAAGCCCGUGUAUCGAGCUCCGGUAUCGCAAGGCGCCCACGUAACCUGCUUCAUCUUCUGAUCUUCCGAAGCGCAGCCAUGGAUCCAAGUCAGUACUACCCCGAAGCCGGGGAUAGUCAAUUCUACCCAGGUACCGAUGUUUUACUUAUUGACAGAAGCAGCGACGAGGAAGGCGCGUGGGCCAGCGGCAACGCCUUGUGCCUCCUACUCGUGGCAUUCUGCAUGGUCUUCAUAAUCGUCCUGCUUGUCACGGUGUUUGUGCUCGCAAAAACUGACACAGACCUUUCCGAUGAAGGUGCCGAUGGCGGUAGUGCCGAUAGAUCUGAAGAACAAGGGCGAGCGGGCGGCGUCCGCAAGCCACCCACUAACCAAGGCUCCACACAAACUUCUGGGAUGACGCCCCCUGUAGUGGUGCCUUUGCUCAGCACAUUUGUGCCUCAAACAGCUGUUGCGGCAGCCCCGAAGCCAGCGGUUGCGGCACCACCGACACCAGCGGUGGCGACAACACCAAAGCCAGCAGCUGUGGCACCACGGACACGAGUGGUCGCGACAACACCGAAGACUACAGCUGCGGCGCCACCGACACCAGUGGUUGCGACAACACCGAAGCCAGUGCUUGCGACAACACCGAAGCCAGUGCUUGCGACAACAAGGAAGCCAGGGCUUGCAACAACACCGAAGCUAGCAGCUGCGGCGCCACCGACACCAGCAGUUGUGAUACCACCCACCCCAGCUAGGAAACCACCGACACCAAUGAGGGCACCAUCGACAACUACUGUAGUCCGUAAACCACCCACUGCCGGCCAAACAACGAGACUAGGCCCGACAACUCAGGCACCGUUGCCUAAGGGAUCGCUGCUGUGCACACUAGGGGCUGGUUUCAAGAAGUCGAAGUACACGUUUCCCCCCGACGGACUCUGCACCAUAAUCACGUUCGACUCGGUGUACAAGGGCAAUGACACAUUGGCCCCACCCUACAAGGAAGACUUCCAGUACUUCCUAGAUACGUCUAAGCAGUCCAAGAAAUCUGAAUUUGGAAUCGGCAUCGAGCAGGCGGAUGUGCCGGUGGAUAUUUUUGUUGUGGUUGUGCACCGUGACGAACCCGAUAUCAACUUCGUUAACUGCCGCAUGCUGCCACCAACCAUACUAAACGCGGACGUCUUGCAGAAUAUUCCAAGGGAUUGGUUUUACGGCAUCCGCAUGGGCACCAGCAUAAGUCAUCUUGCAGCCAACCAGCGGUUCUGGCCUUCGAACAUGAUGUAUGCUAUGUCCCUGGGCAUGGCUGGUCGGUGGUACGCAGCAUGUCAUAGAGGCCCCGUGACGCGUAGGGGGCCCGCUGGCUUUAAGCUCGGCAAAAAAUGCGGGGGCGCGUGCAAUCAAGAGAAGCUCCUGCCAGAGGAUCAGAUCACCGAGAUUGCCCGGGCCUGCUCGCGUCCUGCCUUGAACAAUUCAUUCUACUACGACAGGAUGUUCAACGCCCGCGUUACUUACGACAUCACAGCAGGAUUGGUCUUCACCUAUGACAGCCGUCGCAACCUUCGUACCAAGCUCUGCAAAGCCAAGAAGAAUGUGACAAGCGUGCAAUACACCUUUGUCGCUGCGGACAUCCAGCUGGAGGACGCCUAUGGUAGCUGCGGCUACGGGCCAUUCCCUGGGCGCUAAAUGCUCAAGAAGCUGGCGGCGUUCUUUGCUUAUAAUUACACGUCUGCCGGUAAGGAGACACAGUGCAGGGCGGUCACAUAUUAAUAUACGCUCAAUUGUUGCUACCAGCUCAUGCUCAUAGAAAAAAAAUAUCCUGCGUAAAUAAAUAAAGUGAAAUUAUAGAUUUU